CCCUGUACCCUCAGACGGAAACAGUCACACAUUUAACACCCACAUGAAACAUAAACUAGAUGCCGGAUCCUUGUAUUGCUACGGCCCAUGCCGGUUUUCUCAGUGCUUCUCGUCUGUAAUGAGUGUCAAUUUCGAUUUCUGAACACUUGACUCACUUGAUUUUUGGUAUGUCUGGGGCCAUUUCGUCAGCAUUGUCGGCCAAAACCGUACUGAAAGUGGUCUUUGGAUAUUAUACCUAAAUUCUAUUUGAAGUAGAUUUAAGGCGUGAUCAAAGUGCAUUUUUUUCUGUGAUAUUGGCUUUCUUACAUUAAAGAAGUCAGUGAUUUUAGUUACCAUCUAAUUCUUAACCCAGCAAAAUGGGUGUUCAAGACCUGCAAACUUUUCUUGAAAGCCCAAGUGUAACGGGUGGUACUGUUAAUGUUGAGCUACUGAAAGUAGCACGAAGUGUCGUGUCAAAACAGAACGGGAAGCAAAAGAAACAGAAAGAAUCUCUUUUAGGAGGACCACACUUAUUCAGCUUAGUUGUUGAUGCUGAAUGUUGUAUUGAUAGACUCUAUGGAGGAUUUUUCUCAGAUUGGGUUAGUGGGGGAGAGUGGAAAAGGAUGGUUCAGUUUCUGUCAGUUCUCAUUGAUACAGUGCAGACUGGGAAAAUUGACUUGAUAUUCUUUUUCAAUGGAAGUCUAGAGUCUGAACGUAUGCGUGAAUGGGUAGCAACUCAACUCAAAGCUCGUGAAAAUAUCAACUUGGUUUUUAAACACAUAAACUCCAAAGGCACUCCUCCUCCUAAAGUAUGGUGGGUGCCACCAACUGGCCUACGCACAGCAUUGCGUAUGGCCAUGCGGCAUCUUGGACUGACAACAGUCACAUCAAUGGAUGACCACAGGCAGGAAACUAUUGCAUACCUCAGAGAAAAUUCCCUUCACGGCCUAGUUGCAGAUGAUGCAGAGUAUGCUGUUUUUGAUCCUCCACGGUACUUCUCUGCUUCUAAUUUAAAAUUAACCUACAAGGGUAUGGUGGAGACUAAAGAGUAUCAGCUCAGUCAAUUAGCAAAAUCCUUAGAUCUGCCAAGAGAAAGGUUCUGUCUUCUAGCAGCUUUACUUGGCAACUAUGUACUGACUGAACAAGAUCUAGCUGAUUUUUACGGGCGUCUAGGACUUGAUCCCUCAAAUUUAAAGCCUGAUGCCUUAGUAAAGUCAGUUGCCUCCUUUAUCAAGACUUUAGAUUCAAGUGACAACCUUGAUUGUGUUGCUUCUCAAGUAUUUGGUGCAGCAGGUGACAAGCGAAGUGCCAAAUUAAAGCAGAGUGUACAGUAUUAUAUGAAUGGAACUAAAGAAGGCUUUCUGAACUACAGGCCUCCAUCAGCCCAUAUUUCCGAUCUUAAUAAGUCUAAAAUUAUUGACACCAAUACAGUUAAAGUGGAAACUAAUGGAGUCAGUGAGAAUGGUGUGAGUUGUGAUAUGGAUACCUCCAAGUUUGCAUCAGAGACAGUAGAGAGUGAGCAGGAGAGUUUGGCUGCUUACAAUGAGGCAACUGCUUCUCUCAACUUGUCACAAGAAAUCAAUGGUGAUUCUUCCAAUCAAACUAAAGAAAACGGAAUAUCUGAAGAUCAUGAAGAAAAAGAGAAUGUGGAGGAUGGGGCUGUGAAUGGUUUAAAUCAGCGGCCAUCUUCAAAUGACAGUCCCCAAUCAUCUGGUGCUUCAAGUCUAGGAUUAAGUUCAGGCACCUCAACAAGUCAAGAUCUCAAGGUUCCUCCUCUUCCCCCAGUGCCGCCAGAAGUCAUGCGCACUGCCAGUGAAAGGCACCAGAAGGGUCUCAUGUCCCCUUUUAUCUGCCAGAUUCUUAGUCAUGGAGAAAUCAUGCUUCCAAUGCUGAUGGAGGAUGAAAUGAACAAAGAGCUGCCAAGUAUUCACCUUUUUUAUCGACCAGUGAGACGAAUGGUGUAUGCUAUUCUUUUUAAUUUGCAUCAUCACAAGUAUCUUGCUAACAAAUCUAAAAAAGAAAAGGACUCAACAGAAAAGACUGAAGUGCCUGACUUGAUUAUUAAAGAGUGGCUGUGGUCCAAAAGUAAUCAAUAUCAAUCUGCAGAUGUUGUUCGAGCAGAGGAAAUAGGAUGGGCAGUACCAACGAUUCAAAGACUCUGGUUUGGGUCCACUAUUGAUGACAAACGCCGCCGUCUGCGAGCAUUUUUGACAUGCAUGAGAUCAGACAAUCCACUUAUUCUUAAUACCUCAUACGUACCACAACACCUUCUAGUCCUAGCUUGUGUUCUUAGGUACAUUAUGUCCUCCCCAGAGAAAGUAUUGCGGAAGCAUGAAUUAGAUGCCAUCAUAACUCAGGCUGUUUCUCCAGAAUUAAUGGAUAUCCAAUAUCUUGAAGAGUUACAGCUACCCAUGGUUACAAGCAGAGGAGUGCAGUUAGCCACGCUUAUACUCGCAGGAAUUGAAACUGCUUUACUGGUCAAUGAUGCCUGCGGUGCCCCAGUACCUUGGCUAAUGUGUUGUCCAUGGUUGUACAUUGAUGGAAAACUAUUGCAACACACUCUUGCCCGUGCUGGUGCCUGCAAGAAUUUACGAGAACUUUGUGGUCAUCGUUUGGAUCAAGCUGUUAAAGUUGAGCGAAUGCGUCAAGCGGUUUUAGAAGGACUAGACGUUCAAUUUGCCAGGAAUCCAAUUCCAACACUUGCAAGCGCGGCUGGAGCCUUGCGAAUGCCAAAUAUGAUGCCUGGAGGUAUGAUGGGUGCACCAGGCAAUGGUCCUUUAGGACGUGGGGCUGGCCGGGGUGGUCUCCUACGAAGGGCUGUUCCUCCUGGAGGUGGUCAAUUAGAAGUGGCUGGCCUUGUUGUUAGCAGCUGGGGUGCUAAUUAUGGAUCUCGCUCAUCUCACCCUGUUCCUCAAUUAGGUUCAUAUCACCCAGGCAUGAGACCUGUGCCACAGAUGGUACCAGGAGGCAUGAGAAAUUUUAGAAUGCCUAUGAUUGAAUUUAAUGGCUCUAGAAACAUACAGAGACCAUUAUUCCAGACAAGAGGUCCUGGAUCAAAGGCCGUGACCCGCAGUAAAAAAAGUCAGGUUGCCAAAAAGAAGAGUGUGGCUCCACCCAGUGGGACUAAACGCAUUCUUAAUAAUGAUAAGAGGACAGGAAAGGGUAGAGGAAUGACAGUAGAUUCUGAAGACGCUUCUGGGAGAACUGCCAUUCCCAUUGCUGACCUAAUCAAAAAGAUAGAUGGUUCUCCUGAUCAAUUUGAGGAUUCACCAGUAAAUGGAGAGAAGAAAGACUGUGAUGAUGCUGCCCAUCAAGGACAGGGAGAUGGCCCUGUUGUUGUGAAUUAAUAUGGUGUCAUCAUUAGCGGACCAUGAACCACCAACUUGUGAUAUUACAGAUGAUGACUGAACCAGUGCGCUGCCAAGUGAUGGUGUUGUGUAAAUCAGUGCCGAAAUACUGUGAACUCUUGACUGCAGAGGAAUUUUUGAAUUACGCAAUUUCUGUCUAUUUAUUGAAAGAUGCACUGAUGUGACUUUUAUCUUAAUGUUGUGACCAGGAUGUGAUGUUUUUUUCCUUUUGUUUUAUAUCUAUAUCAUGGAAGAAUUCACCGUUUUAUAUAUCAUCAAUCAUGAUUGUGCCUUACGAAAAUUGUCGAUCAAACGUCAUAUUGAUUUUGCUUUGUUUCUACGGUGAAAAGUAUAUUUUUCUAUGUUUGUUAUAUUGUUACAUAAAAAUUAAGAAUGUUUUGAUGUUUGACUCUUGGAACAUCCAGAAAUGCUAGGUCAAUCAUGGGAAUGUUAAUGAACUGAAGUUGUUUGAUUGUGACAGCCUGUUGGAUUUUUGGGAACAUCUGACACUGCUUUUUUUUCGCCUCAUUGAAAAAAACAACAGGAUUUCCAUUUACUUUUUUUUUUAAUUUGUGAAGUGUCAUUCAUUACUUACUUUACAAACACAAUGUGAAGGUACAUACAUCUCUCAUCAAAUCAAGAUUCUUCUGAUCCCAUGUGCUUGUACUAUCUGUCUGUACCAAAUGCUUAUCACAUAAUCAUCUGACCGCAGACCUCCCAUUUUCUAUUUAAUACUAGAGGUGAAAUAGAUGAAGGAAAUUAUCAUCUUUUAUUCAAUUGAACUUGGGACGUAAAUGAUUUCUGCAUUGCAGUCGUAGAGCAUUAUGCUCUUGUAAACCUGAAAGGACUAUGUUUUUACAACCAGAAUAUGUGCAUCAUAUUUGAUGUGCUAUUAUAAUGCUUCAGAAUUGCAGCUCUGUUGUAUAAUGUCAACUGUUGUUGCCAUAUAUUGUCAACACAGCUAUGCAAACUAUGCAUAUGCUUUAAUGGACCUGUUUUAACUUUUUCAUGUGCAUUCUAGGCCUGAGCUAAAAAUGCAAGAAAAAAUGCAAAAACAAAAAUGAAAAUUGGGGGCCCACCAAUGUAAUUCUACUCAACAAAUAUGUCUGACGACAACAUAAUCUUAUCAUUUAUUUUCUGCUUAGCUUUUAAGAUAUAUUAUGGUACUUGAUGAAUCUUUUGAUUCAAACCAAAGUGUGUUUUUGAAAAGGUGUCAGCCAUCAUUUCAGUUGUAUUUUAUAUGGAGUUUUAACUUAUGACAAAUGUCAUGAAUCUUGCUUACAAGUACUCAAUGGAUGCCAUUGUCGUUGGUGUCAAGGUAUAUUCAAGGUUUUAUGUGCAGAAGCUUAAAGUUUCAUCUGUAGUGUGUAUUCUGGACACAAAAUGUAGAUUCACUAUGUUAUUCUAGUUUGUAAUUAUUAUGACAGGUAAAGAUUUAUCUUUUGGAGGGUUAAUUUUGGUUUGUGUUUCUCCCACAAUAUUGGCAAAUGAAAAUUAAUCUGAGUAAGCUACAAGUUAUCUAGCUUUGGAGGGCUCUUAGUAGAAUUUAGUGGACAAUUUCUUUAUUUGCAGUGUUUGAAUUAAUGUUAAUACAUGGAAUGACUGGAGUGUGGGCCCCUGCACCCCUAUUGAAGUAUGUUGAACUAGCUUCUAAUUUUUUUUAAUUUCUUUUUUGUGUUGUACUGAUAAGUUUUGUAACAUAGCACAUGUACCCAAGACAAAUGUUCCAUAGGUACCUCCCUCCCCCUUUAAAAAAAAUACUAACCAUUUAGAAGCUUUAAUUACAAACAAAAAAUAUAUUCUUUUCUUUUUUUAUUUUUAUUUUUUUGUGUUUGAGAGUUGGAAGUAUUAAGGCUCUUUUCAACAUGUAAUCAAAGCAAUGGAGGUCCCCUAUUAAUAUAUUGUAAAGAGUUGCAUAAUUGCCUUACUCAUUUCUUAUAUCUUAUUAUCUAUGCUCUGAAAUGUAUGUCUUGUGCAUAUUACAGGAUUGCUUUCAACGUUAUUCAGUUCUUCUGUCAGUUAUAAUCAAUCGUAUCUUCAUUAUCCAAAACUACUAGAACGGGAUGUAGGUGGAAAAAAAUGUUGGAUUACUGUUAAAGGAAAUUUAUAUUAUGCUGUAACUGGUUGACUCUGUAGGAUUUGAGAGAAAGGAUCUAGAUACAGUCUGAUCUGUUUGUGGUUGUAAUAAAAUUUCUGGAAUCAAAA